CCGGAGUCGACGCCGGGCGAGCCGUCGGGACCGCGAUCUCGGUCUCGAUCUAACAGUUUUGGCCGAAACGGUGACAAAUCUAAUCUAAACAGUAACUCAAACGCGGGUUAUAGUCAGCCCACGUCGUCGUCUCCACACCGGGAGUAUACGAGCGAACAGUUGUCUGCCGUACAGCAGGUGAAGAAGUGUAAGGAUUAUUACGAGAUAUUAGGCGUGAAUAAAGAGGCGACGGAUUCGGAUGUGAAGAGACAGUACCGAAAGCUCGCCCUACAGUUUCAUCCCGACAAAAACAAGGCUCCGGGCGCUGCCGAGGCGUUCAAAAUGAUCGGUACGGCGUUCGCGGUGUUGAGCGACGCCGAGAAGCGAAAGCAAUACGAUUUGUACGGCUCUGAAGAGCAACAGAGAAAGAGGUCUCAAACCCAAUACUACGAAAACGGUUAUUACGAUUACAACCGGGGUUUUGACGGCGAUAUCAACGCCGACGAGAUUUUUAACAUGUUUUUCGGCGGCGGCUUUCCGUCGGGCAAUGUAUACGUGCGGCGACCCAAUCGGUAUCGCGAGACACACCGGCAUCACAACCAAAACCAAGAGGUGGCCUCAGGUUAUAACGUAUUGUUACAAAUGAUGCCCGUCUUAGUACUCCUCUGCCUAUCACUCAUGAGUACAUUCUUCGUCUCCGACCCGACGUAUAGCUUGAGUCGAACGCAGAAAUACGAAUACGAGAGGAAGACGUCUAAUCUAGAGGUCCCCUACUUUGUGAAGGAGAACUUCGAGCGCGAGAAUAAGGGAUCCAUUCGUCGUAUUGAGCAACAGGUGGAAGAGGAUUACGUCUCCAACUUAAGGGCCUCUUGUUUUAGGGAACGAAACUAUAAGGAGAGUAUGAUAUGGAGGGCCAGAAAUUUUAGGGAUAAAGACCUCGAAGACAGAGCUAAAGGCUUGAAGACUCCAUCGUGUGAUCACUUGCAUAAGAUAUCUCAACAGUACGUCUUGUGGUAACAAAAUUGUAUAAUAAGUUAUUUAUCAUUCAAUUAAGUCCCGAAGAAUUUUGUUUUAUUGAAUUGUUUUAAUUUGUAUAUAAUUUUUCGUAGUUUUGAAAACAAAUUUUAUUAAAGAAAUUAUUAAUAAUAACGAAAGA